CAGGCUUUGUCCUUUGCUGCUCUUUACAGAUGACACAGGAGCCCUUGUUGGCGCUGCAGCUUGAUUGACUCAAAGCUGGGAGUGAGGGAGCAAAACAGACAGCUCAGGCAAAACUGACACAUGGCAUUUGUUAUCUUUUUGAUCCCCUGCUUUGUGAUCAGCACCGACAUCGCUCUCUCCUGCCAGAAUGCUGAUGACUUUGUGGGUGCCAGUUCUCCGGGGGACAUCAUUAUUGGAGGCUUGUUUGCAGUUCACAGCGAAAUGCUGCAUCCAGAAGGAGAUCCCAUCAAGCCAGUAAUUCAGAAUUGUGCUGGCUUUGAAAUUCAAGUUUUUCUUCAGACUCUUGCAAUGAUACACGCUAUUGAAACCAUCAACAACUCAACGCUGUUAUCUGGAGUUACUCUGGGCUAUGAAAUCUACGACACGUGUGCAGAAGUUACAAAAGCAAUGGCAUCUGCUCUGAGAUUUCUGCCAAAAGUCAAUUCUUCUGAGGAUGCUGUGGAACUCAAGUGCAACUACUCAGACUACAUCCCGAGAGUCAAGGCAGUCACUGGAGCCACCUACUCAGAGGUGUCGAUGGCAGUGUCAAGGCUGUUGGCUUUGCAGUUAAUCCCACAGGAAGUAAUUCUGAUCUCCAACGCCACCACAGGAACUGUAGUCAGUCCUGCAUCAUCAGCUGAAAUCCUCAGUGACAAAAUCAGGUUUCCUUCUUUCUUCAGGACUAUCCCCAGUGAUUUUCACCAGACAAGAGCAAUGACUCGCUUGAUCUGUGAAUCUGGGUGGAACUGGAUCGGAGUAAUCGCCACUGAUGAUGACAAUGGGCGGUUCGCUCUGGAGAGCUUUGGGGUCCAGGCCAUGGCAAACAACGUUUGCAUAGCUUUUAAAGAGAUGCUGCCAGCCUAUCUCUCUGACAGCACCUUUCGCACCAAAGUUGAUCAUGCAAUUGAGAAGAUUGUCAAGGAAACGAGAGUAAAUGUUAUUGUUGUCUUUAUGAGACAGUUUCAUGUGCUCAAACUAUUCAAGAAGGCGAUUGAGAGGAAUGUUAAUAAAAUCUGGAUUGCAAGUGAUAACUGGUCGGGUGCAGUCAAGAUCAGCACAAUUCCGAACAUCAGACAGCUGGGAACAGUUGUGGGAUUUGGAUUUAAAAGUGGAGACAUCUCCUCAUUCCAGGAGUUUCUGAGAAACCUUCAUGAAAAGCCCACUGAAAACAACAAGUUUUUGCGUGAAUAUAUUAUACUUUCGUCAGUCUGUGCACACCUGGAAUAUCAUGAUUUUCAAAAGUGCAUUGCAAGCCAGUCCCAGGAUAAUCUAUUGGAAAAUGAUGGGAGUAAACCUCAUAUCUGGAGAGAUGAUUUUUUGAGUGCUAACGUUGAACCAGGAUUUAUCCGUAGUACUACACUUGCAGUCUAUGCUAUAGCUCAUGCCAUUAAAGGGCAGUGCAAAGACAGAGACUGCAAGGAUCCCUCUGCCUUCACUCCCUGGGAGCUCCUUGAAGAACUUAAAAAAGUUGUAAUCAUUGAUGAUGAUAAGGAAGUCAAGUUUGACUCCAAUGGAGAUAUGAACAUCAGUUAUGAUGUCCUUCUUUGGAAAGAAAUUGAUGGCCACAUGGAAAUCACCACUGUGGCAGAAUACGAUGCAGAGAAAGGCGGCUUUAUCUUUGAGGAUGAAGAGAAAAAAAAAGAUUUUCUGGCUUUAAAGAAGGUUCAGUCAACAUGUUCCCAGCACUGCAGGCCAGGCCAGGUGAAAAAGGUUACAGAAAGUCCACACACAUGCUGCUAUGAGUGUAUUUACUGCCCAGAAAACCAUUACAGCAACAAAACAGAUAUGGAUUACUGCUACCGAUGUAACAACAAAACCUACUGGGCGCCCACCAACAGCUCCACGUGCUACAGAAAGACAAUCUAUUUCCUUGCCUGGACUGACUGGUUUGCUAUCUUCCUCCUCCUCCUCUCCGCUUUUGGAGUUGUGCUGGUUUUGUCCAUUUGUGUAAUAUUCACCAAAAACUUGGACACACCAGUUGUAAAGGCGUCUGGUGGUCUGACUGUCUGCUAUAUUAUUCUUUUCAGCCACUUCUUAAUUUUUUUAAGCACUAUCUUCUUCAUAGAUGUACCCACUGAAUUCAAAUGUAAAACUAGGCAAGCACUCUUUGGCAUAAGUUUUACACUCUGCAUUUCAUGUAUUUUAAUAAAGUCACUAAAAAUUUUACUAGCUUUCAGCUUUGAUCCCAAGCUUCAGAAUUUCCUGAAAUGCAUGUAUAAACCUAUUCCCACUGUGGUCACCUGCACUGGAAUUCAGGUUAGCAUUUGCACUUUCUGGCUAAUAUUUAGGACACCUUUUGUAAGUCAAAAUUUCUCAAUCCCAAGAGCAAUAAUUCUGGAAUGCAAUGAGGGGUCUAUUGUGGCUUUUGGGAUUAUGUUGGGCUACAUCGCUGCUCUAGCCUUUAUUUGCUUCAUAUUUGCCUUUAAAGGUAGGAAGUUGCCAGAGAAUUACAAUGAAGCUAAAUUCAUCACUUUUGGCAUGCUAAUUUACUUUAUAGCAUGGAUAGUAUUUAUCCCUGUCUAUGCAACUACAUUUGGCAAAUACUUGCCAGCAGUGGAAAUCAUCGUUGUUUUAAUAUCUAAUUAUGGAAUCCUCUGCUGCACUUUUCUUCCAAAAUGCUAUAUCAUCAUUUACAAGCAAGAAACAAACACAAAAUCUGCCUUUCUCAAAAUGGUUUACACUUAUUCCUCUAAGAGUGCAGGCAGCGUUGCUGUCAGUCAGAUUUCUUUAGAUUCAAAGUCUUCCAGCUUCCGAGCUACUGUCACGGACUCAUGUAAAACAGAAAAUGACUCUGUGAAUGGAAACUGCCAUUUCCAAGUGCCUGGGCAGCCACUAAUAAAAGGCAAAGUUCUUCCUAAAAAUGCUGCAAGGACUAUGGUCAGAAAAAGAGUCUCCAGCAUAUGACUGGCCAUUGUUAAAGUACUGGAAGUUAAAAAGCAAUUUUAGGGAGCCAUUUCUCUUUCAGAUCUCUUUCCUUUUGGUGUUGCCAAGGAGGGCAGGCCACCUGAAACACCUUUUCCUGUACUUAGCAAGUUAUCCAUUGUCAGAUCUGAAAGGCUUUCCUGACUCACUGAGUCCAUCCCUUGCUCCUGCAAACUCCCUGAUGUAUAGUCCCCUUCAGCAGCUCUCUUCCUUCCCCAUCCAGCCCACACAGACCUUGGGGAACCUAUUCUGCCAUCUCCUUUCCUCCAGUGAGGUGGAAGCAUCACAAAAUUAUUAUUUCUCACAGUCACGUACAUGGGACCACAUGAGUUUCCCCACUUCUUUUGCCUCUUUGAUACUCAGUUGUUUAAGGAGCUCUUCUUCUCAUCUGGCCCCAUUUUACAGAUCAAAGAGGACCUUGUCCCAGGCUUUGUUUGCCAAGAUAAACAAGUCCAGUCCUUUAGUCUCCACUUUUAAGAUAGGCUCUCUAUUCUUCUGAAAUUCCAAAAGUAACUCUUUUCAUCUAGUAUCAGUGAAUCCUUUUUUUUUCUCCCCAAAACUGCACACCUAAUUCCAGAUGAGUGCUGUAGUAACAUUUAAGGUUCCUUGUGUUUACCAGCAUGGCAAUGAACUAGAGACAGAUCUAUAAAGAAAUUAGAGAAUUCUUCUGGAGCUCUGUAGUUACACAAAUGUUCAUCUGCCCUUUUUUCCCAUACCGAAAGAAACACACUUUCACCUCAUGCACCUCCUCUGAUGCAGGUGUCCUUUAAUUUGAAACUGUAAGGUCAAUGUGUAAUGACAAAACUUAAAACCACUAAUUGAUUCUUCUCAUUAGCAUAAAUAAUGUAAUGACCAGUAUCAGCAUGAGUGCAUCCUGGAAAAUUUAAGGGGGUUGAUAUAUAUUUUUAAAAAUGUGUUUGUUAACAAGAGCAUGACAAUGCAUCAUUACAAUACACAGAAAUAGCCCAAGGAUGACCUGACAUGAUCUGCACUGAAUGAGUCUCUGCUCUGUAGCUCCAUGAAAACAGCUGUGCUGUGCCUUCUGUAUGAGCAGCAAAGAGCACAUUCAGAGAAGGUGGAAUUUUUCUGUCAGUGUAAUGGUACCACGGAGCUUUUUCAGGCAGAGCCUAAACAGCAGAGCUACACUGUCAAUGCAGGAACAGGAAAAUACUGUUCCAUGUUCAUAAAGCCCAGAACAUAGAAACUUUGCUAUUUUAAGUUCUGUGCCUUACUGUUACUGUAAAAUAACACUAAAAUCCUUGAUAUUGUGUAUCUAUGAAGGUAUUUUAAAGUAAUUUGAAAGGCAAGAGUGCAAUAUGGAUUUGUGAAAAUACAUAUGCUCUGUUGCUGAUUGUAGGAAUGAAGGGUUAUGUGUAUAUAUUUAUAUGUUGAAUGCUGUUUAUACUUCAGUUUUGGAAAUAAUGUUCUGCAUAUGAGGUUAUGCAUGAUAAGGUUAAAAUGUCUGCAAUUUGACUGCCAAUGCAGCAAGAAGUUUUCCUCUGAAAGAGAGAAGCAAGGCUUACAUUGUGCAACUGUCAGCAAUCAGCUGGCUAGAAAAGUUAAUUUGGCUGGAAUGUUGUACUUGUAUUUAUUGUUUUCGAAAGUGUUGAGUGUAGCAUGCCUUGAAGCUAUAUGAA